GAAUAACUUCUUGUUAUCUUUGCUCUUGCUUGUAAGGCAGAAUGUAAAUAUUUUGAAUUGAACACGUGCUGUAGUGCGUGUUUAUUGUUUGAAGUUGUGUUACAGUGCGUGUGUAACUGUGUAUGUUACAGAUGUAGUCGAGAGGUUGUCCACCAUGUCUUACAAGCGAGAUUCGAAUAUAUUUGCCGGUUGUCUUUUAGGAACUUUUAAAGGACUGCAGUUCCAUGGAGAUGAAAGUGAAUGGAAAGUAUUUGCAAAAAACUUGCAGAAAGUUGGGUCUCUGCAAAAAGAUAAUGGAAUCACACAUUUGAGCUGGGGUGAUGACGAUGAAGUGGACAUUCUAAUAGGGCUGAAGAACAAGACUGUAAAGACAUAUGACACUGAUUACAAGGCUUUCACAAGUUCUGUUAAUGUUGAAUAUGGGGAAGGUCAGAUUUGUGGUCUAAGCAAAUAUGAUAGAUGUCUCUUAACUGCUGUUGAAUCAGGACAUAUAAGAGUAUGGAGAUUUAAGGAAAAAGAAGGUGAUGUGUUUAAUUCUGGACGCCCAAUUCAGAAAAUGAAACACAGUAAAGUAAAUAAAAAUAUAGUGGCAUUUGGCAGCAAAAAUCAUGCGGAUUUGAAACUGCUUGAUUUAAAUACAAAGCACUAUACUUUCAUAUCAAAAAAUGUAAGAAAGAAUGAGCUUGAGCUGCAAGUUCCAAUUUGGCCAUCUGAUCUCGUUUUUCUACCAGAUGGUGACCGCAGUGUGGCUGUUUGUACAAAAUAUGGACAGGUACGUCUUUAUGACACAAAAGGGCCAGCAAAACGACCAGUACUCAGUGUUGAUAUUCCACUGGGAAGUCUUCCCUCUAAGUCAUCUGUUGGGAGAGAAAUGUGCAGCCUUACAUGCAUGUCAUCUACCAUGAAGGACAGGUGUGUGGUUGUUGGCAGCGGGAGGGGACAGAUGAAACUGAUUGACUUCCGUGGCAAAAGUCAUAUUGCAAAGUCUUAUAAAGGGCCAGUUGGGGGCAUACGAUCCAUUGCUUGCAGUGCUACUGAACCAUAUGUAGUCAGUGUGAGUUUAGACAGAUACUUGCGAAUACAUCACCUGGACGAAGCUAAACCUCUUUAUCAGGGGUACCAAAAAAUGAAACUUAAUUGUGUCCUGGUGAGGUCUCAGAUGAUACUCCCAGACAUUAAAGAAGAAGAAGAAGAAAAACAAAAUGAUCAAAAAGUGGAUAGUGAUGAUGAUAUUCAAAUUGUCGCUGAAUAUGACAGUCUCUUUGAUGACAUGGCUGUUCUUGAGGAAACUUGAUAUGUUGUGUCUAUAAUAUUUACAUGUGUGUUGGACAUUCUGUGCAUCUCUGUGUUUCCUUAUUAGGAGAAAACUAAGUCAGGUGACUUAGUUAUGUUUCAAAUGUGUAAUUUAGAAUGUUUGUAAUUAAACAUUUAGCACAUUUGUUGUAAUAAAUAUAACUGUGAUGGUUGUUUGAUCAACUGAUAUUUGUAUCAUAUAUAUGUAAUAAAGUGUGAAACUGCUGUAAGAAAUA